GCCGACGUGGCUUAACAUAAAAUCAUUAUUUUAAUAAGGCUUUUCCUAAUUGCAUUUCAUCUACAAACGAGCAAGGGUCGGUGUCCGGCCUUCCCUCUUUGCAUUUUGUUAACCCCCCCCUUGCUUUUAAGAGCGGGGUGCCAGGUAGAAAUUCAACAGGGGUAGCUUCAAAAGAACGUCUGCCUUCUCUUCCUAGGCGGAUCGAAAACGAUGCAAUAUAUAUGUAUGAGACGCUAUUGUUCAGAACCCUAACGUUGGCAAAGCAAGGCAGGCGGAUCCUUCAUCCGAGACCCACUUGGGGACCUGCAAUGCCAAAACGAGGAAAGAAGAAAGAAGUUGAAAUCCUUCCAGUAGAGGAGGAGGUAGCAGAACCAGAGCCUAAAAGGGCCAGAAAAGGUGGAGCAAAAGCAGAGAAAGAGGCCGACGGUCCAAUCUUGUACCAAGAUCCUCCUGAUAAGCUCAUUUCAUCCAGUGGCAAAAAAUAUACUUUGAAGGUCACUUCCUGGAACGUAGAUGGCAUCCGAGCCUGGGUCAAGAAGAAGGGCCUGGAGUGGGUAAACAAAGAGGACCCGGAUGUGCUCUGCUUACAAGAAACUAAGUGUGCAGAAAAACAGCUGCCUGCUGACAUUCGGGAUCUGGCCGAAUACCCCCAUAAAUUUUGGGCCUGUUCUAAUGACAAGGAAGGUUACAGCGGUGUGGCCCUGCUCUCCAAGAACAAGCCUCUGGAUGUCACCUAUGGGAUUGGUGAGGAAGAACAUGACAAAGAAGGCCGGGUGAUCACAGCAGAGUUCUCCUCCUACUUUCUGGUGACCACCUACGUGCCCAACGCUGGUCGGGGACUGGUGCGCCUGGAGUACCGCCAACGUUGGGAUGAGGCCUUCCGCUCUUACCUGAAAGGCUUGGCUGCCCGCAAGCCCCUUAUCCUGUGCGGGGACCUCAACGUAGCCCACCAAGAGAUUGAUCUGAAGAACCCCAAGGGGAAUAAGAAAAAUGCCGGCUUCACUCCAGAAGAGCGGGCUGGUUUCACCCAACUGCUGGAAGCUGGCUUUGUCGACACUUUCCGCCACCUCUACCCCAACACCCAAUAUGCCUACACUUUCUGGACUUAUAUGAUGAACGCCCGGGCUAAGAACGUGGGCUGGCGGCUUGACUACUUUGUGGUCUCCAAAGAGCUUCAGGAAGGGCUGUGUGACAGCAAGAUCCGCUCCACAGCCUUGGGCAGUGACCACUGCCCCAUCACCCUCUAUGUGGCCAUGUAACACAUGCAGACGAAGGCCCAAGCCUAUCGUGGCUUGAGCGGGAAAAGAAAAUCGGAGCUAAAAUUUAUGUGUGUGUGUCUAUGACGACUCAACCCUUUUAGAGCGGUGUUUUUCAACCAUGGCAGCUGUCAGACUUGUGGACUUCAACUCCCAGAAUUCCCUAGCCAGCCAGGCUGGCUGGGGAAUUCUGGGAGUUGAAGUCCACACUUCAUAAAGUCACCAAGGUUGAUAACAGUCAGGAUUUGAUUUCCCCCCCCCCCAUAAGGUAGGCCCAUUCCAGGCUGUUUAAUACAGUUCCACAAUAUAAAAGUCUGUCUUUCAAAAGGCAUGUGUGGCCACUUUGGGACUAGCUGGAAAUAAGGUCUUGCUUUGACGUUCCUCUGCCUGGACAAGUUCUCCAGAGAAGAUAGCUUAAAACAGGGGUGGGGAACUAUGGCCCUUUUACGACUUGUGAACUUCAAGUCCCCAUGAUUCUUGACCCAAUUGAAGUCCACAAAUCAUAAAGGGGCCGUAGUUCCCCACCUCUGGCUUAAAAGGUGGGGCUGGAGCGGGGUGGGUGCAAGCUAUUAAAAGCAGCCAUUGAUUCCUGAGAUAGCAAGGGUCAUACUGGAGUCUUUUGUUUUCUAGUGUUUGCAAAAAAAACAAAGCUAUCCCACUGCUGCUGUUCUCCAGAUGUUAGCUUUAUCUUCCUCCUUAUUUUGACUAUUACUCCUCAUUAAAAAAAGUAGCCUUCCUUCCUCACCUUUUUCUUUUUUCUCUCGCUGCUUUGAGAAAGGUGUAAUUCACCAAGACAUAUUUUAAUUUCCCAGAAAACAUUAAACUUCCCUUUUAUAAAAUACAAA